CGGAGAUUCAAAACUGUAUCAUGAGAGAAUACACAAUUUUCUUAUGUCAAACACGAAGAAAUGAUAUUUUUCAAACAAUUUCCGCUUUCUAGUCACUGAUAGAUUGAAUUUGCAAAAGAAAUAUGUCUUGCUAUUCCUGUGGAGCGGGAUUUGGUUUCUUCUCUAAAGAGCAUGGCUGCAAGAAUUGUGGAUUUGCUUUCUGUGGAAAAUGUUUGACAAAGAAAUGUGAGAUUCCGAAGCUUAACAAUGAGAAACAUAAAGUCUGCAACAAAUGUUAUAAUAUCUUAACAGGGAAGAUAAAUCCAGAGGAAAAGAAGAGAGACGUUUCUCCCCCAGAAGCUUAUAAAAAGAGAUUAGCAGCACUGCAGGAAAAAGAAAAGCACGGCAAAGAUAGUCAUUCCAAGAAAACUCACCUUGGUUCCAAAGGGUCUUCCAAACACCCCUCCCAUUCCACACCGGAGCGAGAGAUAGAGGAGAGGCUACAUAAACUAAAGCAGAAACCCCCAGAACAGGUUGCUAAAGAAAAUGUUUCGGAGAAAGAAAUCAAAGAGAGGCUAGCUCGACUCAAGGGAGAGAAUCCAGAUAUACAGGCCUCCCAGACGAAAAUGACAGCCCAUAAGCCGGUCGAACACAAAACCCAGCAACUUCAGAUAGAUGAUCUCCUGGAUGAAAUCUCUAAUGAAAUGGACCUAGAAAACAGGCUCCCGAAUAACAUCACUGAGUUGGAGGGCAGAUUAGCUGGUCUAAAGGGAGAAAGAAAUACUGAUCAGAGUGCUUCCACCAACGAAAAUGAUUUGAAUCGAGGAGAAACCAAAGAUACGAAACCUUAUGUAAAAAACAUCACAGAUGACAAUGGUAAAAAGUCCAAUGAGGAUGGAGGGGAGAUAAGUGCUGAGGAGAUAAACAAAAUAAUGGAGGAGACGAGCGAGGAGUGCGAGCUGGAGGCACGGCGGGCUCUGAAGAAUCUGGAGAAAGACAAGAACAUCAUGAAACGACUGCAGGAAAUCAAAGGUCGACAGAACGAGGACGUCAAUAAACAAGGUGAGGGGUCAGGCACUGAUGAUCCAGAAAAUCAGGCUGAGAAUUCAGACACUGACAAUGAGGAACAACAAGCCAGUGACAUCAUCAAACAGAUAAUGGAAGAGGACAAGUUAGAUGAGGCAGCAGCAAAGGAUGGAAUCUCUGUCAAUAGUAGUAACAAGCCUAGAAAGGCCCCCAAACCAGAACAGGAGGAGAUAGAGGAAGAUGAACUUCCAUACUGCUCCAUUUGUACGGAGGACGCCACCAUCAGGUGCCAUGGAUGUGACCUUGACCUUUACUGCAAUCGCUGCUGGAAGAUGCCAUCACCAAGAAAAGGUAAGAGGUCCACGUCCAAGUCUUCAUCUAGAAGUCGGUCAAGAAGUCGUUCACGAAGUCGAAGCAGAAAAGUUCUGAAGUCGCCUCCCACUGCAGAGAGAAAGACACGAUCCCCUGCCCGCACCAAGACUGCUUCACCAGCAAGAUCCAAAGCUGACACUCCUACCAGGGGAAAACCCCAGUCCCCAGCCAGGCGUGGACGAUCGGUGGAGCGAGCGGUCACCCCCACCAGACGGUCAGCCAGACUGGAGAACAAGGCAAAAGAUCCAGAAUUUAAGGAACCCUUAGAAGCUCUUCCAUCAAUGGAUAAGUCUAAGCGAGUCCCCAAGACAACUCAUCGUGAGUUUGGGGGAGCCAUCGGCUCAUUCUUCAUGCUGUUUGUGCUGCCCAUCACUGUGUACGGACUGAACAUCAUGUGCGACAAGAAAAGCUGUAAACCCCGAAAGAUGAAGAUUCCGACCGACCUGAAGCUGUUCUUUGAUUGGGAGGCAGCCGCCAUAUACCUGGGCUGGAUCGCUUUCCAAGCUUUCAUUUAUCUGCUUCCCAUUGGACGACUUGUCAAAGGUCAACCUUUGAGGUCAGGAGAGAGACUUGUGUAUAGAUGUAAUGGCUUUUAUGCCAUGUUGAUCAGUUUGGCUGCAUUUGGUGGAGCGGUGUACUUGGGAUACCCAGUCAAGAAAGUUCAUGACAAGUUCAUCGCUUUGAUCACCACAGGAACAAUCUUCUCCUUUGUGAUGAGUGUCCUGUUGUACAUCAAGGCCAGGCGCGGCCCCAACAGCAAGCUUGCCCCGGGAGGGAACACAGGAAAUGUCCUGUAUGAUUUCUUCAUCGGACAUGAGCUGAAUCCACGGAUUGGUAGCUUUGACCUGAAGUUUUUCUGUGAGCUGCGGCCCGGUCUGAUUGGUUGGUUGAUGAUUAACCUGGUGUUCCUGACUGAGGCUUACCAAAAGACUGGCACCUUUCCCCCAGCCCUCACGAUGGUGGUCGCUUUCCAAGCCCUCUAUGUGGCUGAUGCUCUCUGGUUUGAGGAUGCUAUUUUGACUACAAUGGACAUCAUUACGGAUGGCUUUGGUUUUAUGUUGGUGUUUGGGGACUUAGUCUGGGUGCCAUUCCUGUAUUGUUUACAGACCCGAUUCCUGCAAGAACAUGGCGACUCUCUCCCCUGGUACUGUCUGGCUGGAAUCGCAAUCUUAAACAUGGUUGGCUAUACAAUCUUCAGGGGCAGCAACUCUCAGAAAAAUGAGUUCAGGAAGAACCCCUACAACCCAGAGCUAGCACAUUUGGAGACGAUCCCCACGUCAACUGGAAAGAAGCUGCUGGUGUCAGGAUGGUGGGGAAUGUGUAGGAAGCCGAAUUACUUUGGAGACAUCUUGAUGGCUCUGUCCUGGUCCCUGGCAUGUGGUUCCAGUACACCCCUGCCCUACUUCUAUCCUGUGUACUUCACAAUCCUGCUGGUCCACCGAGAAAUGAGGGACUCCGAGCACUGUGCUAAGAAAUACAAAGCCAGCUGGGACCGUUACUGUGAGCGUGUCAAGUACAGAAUCUGCCCCCUCGUUUACUGAGCGCAGCCAAUACAGACACAUGCCAAAAAGUUUUAUUCCUGUCAGUCAUGUUUUAAUGUAAAGUGUAGUUAAAUUAUUUUUUUUUAAAUUUUUAUCACAUUUUAUUUCUGUCAGAAUCAUUCUUAUUUUUAAUGUAAUGUAUAAUGAUUUUUUAGUUUGUUUUUUAUUUUUGAGAAAAGUAAAGUUUUUACAACAAAAAAUUGUUUUAUGAUGGUGAAAAUUAUUUUAGGGAAAUGUAUACAAUACAAAUGUAGGAUUUUAAUUGAUAUUUGUUCAUUGUUCAUUUUUGAGUUUGGUGGCAAUACAGUUUUCUCAGGGCUGUAGAAGUAUUAUCAUUUUACAUUUAAUUCAGCAUUUCAUCUAGUGAUGUGCCAUUAGGUUUAUUUAUUCCUGAUGUAACAAUUUUAUGACCAAAAGUUUAGAAAUUAUGUCUUCAUUUGUAAAUAGUGUAAAUACAUGUAUUUGUACAUAACUAUUUGUGCCUGAUUAUGUUUGUUGUAAACUACAUCAAAUUUGUUGUCACUUAAUGUUUGAUGUGUACUUAAAUUUCACCAUGACUUAGACCUGAGAUAUAGAAAGUGGUCCCUCUAUAAAACAAGUUUUGGGUGACAGUACACAUGCACUUGAAGUUGUAAGAUUCUUGGACACUUUAUGACUAUUUUCAAAAAACAUUAGCUCAAAUUCUGUGUGACAAAAUAUUUUUCAAAAUACUCUUAAACUGCUAAAAAUAAAAUAUAAAAGAUGG